GGAGGUUUUGACUUUGACAGUUUGUCAAACAUGGCGACCGAAUGCUCCUCCAGUUUGUGAUUAUCCAGUGCGAAAAGUUUCUGCAGUGACAUUCCAUGUAGCUAGGAUGUUUUGUAUUGAAUUUUAACAUUCGAAUAGCAUUCGACAGUUGAUGAAACAACGCAAUACAGACCCUCAAAAAAACUAGAACAAUGAAUAAAUUGCGCUAAAAAGCAGCUGGCAGGCAUCCUGAGAUGCAAAUUCAAAAUGUCAGUCGGAUAGUUUGGCCAGAAGCUUGAAAUUUGCCAAUGACAAUGCCAAGUUUGCGGAAAAGAGUUGUCGGCUUUAUGCGUCAACUCUCUAUCAGCAAUCUUACUGCCGCUGUUGAGAGUAUCGGGCAAGGAGAACAUGGCCUCCAAACGCCAAGGUCACCGCAAGUUGACAUUCCAGGAGGGUGCUUUGUGACAAGAUAUCUAAAUGGACAGGAGCAAAAGUCGGAAGGUCCAGUCAUUCUGCAUGGACGAAAUCCUGAGGAGUUGCCAUGCAAACCUUUGGGAAUUGUUUCUGACGAGGAGGAGGAUGUAAUUGCAGCUCUGACUGGACCAGAUCGUGGUUUAACAACUGUGAAUUUAAAACAGAGGCAUUUGAGUAUAAGCGAUCCUGAUGUGGAUUACAUAGAUAUAUUGGAUCAGAGUGAUCAAAAUGCAACUGUCAACACCUCGAUGGAUUGUAUAUUUUCCGUGGCUCACGAUCGAUGGUUAGUGAUACCCUCGACCGACACACCAUUGUGUCCGAUCGACAACAGCUCGGUGAAAAUUCGGGCAGCUGGGAAGCUGUACGAGCCGGAAGCUAAAUAUUCCCGAGAGAGCCUGCUCGACGAUGACGAGGAGGAUGCAAAUCAUUACAAAACUCGUAGCGAUUCGAGCAAUCGAAACAUCAUAAGAUUUUUGGAGACUGAAGCACGAGACGAUUUUUUAUCGAAUAAUUUGAUGACUCAAACGACCACCGGAAACGUAAGAUUCGCCGAGGACGUUGGAACGAACGUUCAUUUCGAAAUCAUCGAAAAACAACUCGUCAACGAAAGUUCUAGCGAUAGUCUGAAUGACAAUUCGAACAAGGAAAUUAUUCAGCUCGUUAUGAGAACAGCUUCUGACGAUACUCUCGACAUUCUGGACGAGGCUCAUUCCGAAAACGAUAUUAUUCCGCCUCCGUCCGACUUUGCGACUGAAAUGAUUCCCCUCAGGAAAUCUAAGAGUGCACCGGCACCUUUUAAAAAGGCUCACAAAGGAACACUAACAGGCUCGGAGAUCGCCGGUGUUGAAAACUGGUUCAGUCCUAACGAAAUGGCCUAUGGAAUUGCAACGACGCUUUACGAGAAAAAUCCAACGAAUAAUGUUAAUAAUGGUGAACCUAUUGCUGAUUGUUUUGGUGUAGCAGCCAGGCCUAAUGCCGCAGUUCUUGCACUCGCUGACGGAGUUAAUUGGGGUCCAAAAGCAAGUAUUGCGGCUCGUUCUGCCGUCCACGGAAGCAUGGAUUACCUGAACAAAGCUCUCUUUUCAUCGUCUAUCAGCGGAGACGUGACAACAACUAGGGACGUUUUUGUCGCUCUUCUUCGAUCAUUUCACGCCGCUCAUUCCCUCAUCCUUCAAGAACAGGGAAUGCUAACUACUCUGACCGUUUGCGCGGUUCUGCCACUCGCAAAUCCAACGUCCGGUACCAAUUCGAAAACAAAAAGAUACGUCGCUUGCACUUGUAACGUUGGUGACAGCCUUGCUUACGUCUAUUCAAGAAAAACUGGCGUUCGAGAAAUAACGCGAGGUUCUCAUGACAUUCACUGCAUGCGUGAUAUGAGAGACGCUCUAGGAGCUCUCGGUCCGGUGGACGGUUGCAAUCCGGAAUUGAAUAAUUUGACCCUGGCAAUGACGGAAGUGGAACCGGGUGACGUGGUUUUUCUGACAAGCGAUGGUAUAUCGGACAACUUUGAUCCGGUUGUCGGAAAAUUUGCUAUUUUACCAAUCGGUGGUUCGGCAUCGAGCGGUCAAAGAUCCGGAAGAUCGGAGAGUCAUAGCAGAGGUGCUAAACACACUCGCAAGCCGAGUGAGAGCUUGAGGAGAACGAAUUCGAGCGGUAGCGGGGACCACAGCGAACUACCGAUCGUCGAAGCUUAUCAGAGACACGAAUUGACUCUUCUGCGAAUGGAGGAUCUGUUAAGAAGAGGCGUUUCCGGAGAUGGGCCACCAUGCAAAAGUGCCAAAAGACUGUGUGAACUACUCUUGGAUUUUGCUGUUCGAAUAACUGCCGCAAAGCGUCGUAUUCUUGAAGACGCGGAUCUCUAUUACGCUCAGCACAAAGACGGUCAAUUGGUACAGCUUUCGAAACUCGAGCAACGCUCGCGAAGGAAAAAGAUGCUGGACAAAAUGUCAAUGGUACCGGGAAAAUUGGACCAUGCGACGAUCGUAGCAUACGUAGUCGGACCUCAUGGAGCAACGGAGAGUGAUCUCUAGUCCGUUCACAAUUAAAAGAUACAAAGUUUAUCGAUAUUGUUCUUGGGAUAAAAACGCCCGGCCCCAUGAUUUGUAAGUUAUAUUUUUAUUCGUCCCGUAUCCAUUUUCAUUUGUUUUAUCCGUGACGUCACAAUACUGUACAUGGAGUGGCCAAAUAGUCUGAAUACGCAAAGAGACAAAUAUACAAGAGAUCUACACUGCCACUCGCAAUUAACUAUGAAACCGGCAGAAAAGUACGUUGCUCUUUCGAAAAGUCAUAGAAUUUACAUAACUCAACUCGGAUAAUUGCUGCGAACAUGUCCGAUAUUUUUGUAGAAGCUCGAUAGAAAUGUUCCAAUGGACUCAAUAAAGAACCACUCGUUCGAAUUUAAUUGAAUAUUCAAUUCAAAUGUUUCAGGGUCUAAUUAAUAAUCAUCGAUAUUCCGCUCCUUGAAACGCAAGGACAGCUUUUUCUGGGUUUUGUAAAAUCUUCCAGACUCAAUUAUUGUAUUGAUAUUGAUAAUUGAAUAUUAAUCGUUUGUCCCUUGUAGUUCAACGAUGGAAAUGAAAAUAUUAUUAUUUUUGUUACAUUAUUCCGUUAAAAUAUUUUUCUUUUGUUAUUCGUUUCAUUAUUUGUUUCAGAAUCUGGCAGAAACUGUAUAAAACUUCACUUUUUGUACCACUUUGAUCUCUCCCACAUGAGAAUUGUAUUGUUUUAUUGUCUAUAUUCACAUUUUUAUCGAUCCUCUUAUUUUGUAUUUUUCUUAUUUUUUAAUAAACUUUAUUAUUACGUUCAUGUAUUAA